UCUGCACCAGCUGUGAAAUGUUUGCGGUGUGUGGUUGGAGUGUAGUGUUGCUGUUGCUGUGGUACUGUGGCGUCACACCGGGCCUACAACCCAGUGCUCGACUAAUACAGUCACCGUCGGGGAAUAUUUUCAUGAUGGAGAACACUACUUUCCUCCCAGCUAAUGCUUUUCUUAUCCUUCCAAGCACCGGCGUCUGCAUGUGUAAGAACCAGUGCAUGGCGACAGGAAAUUGCAGUGCAUGGUCUCUAGUGCAGAAUGUUGGAGGUGGGAGCGAGUGUAGACUUGCUAGAGGAGGACCCACCACGUACCCCACCAUCAACGCCACCAACGCCACCUACUUCUACAGGCAAGGUCAGAGAGAUAGACAGAAACAGAGACAGUGAACGAAUUUUAAUCACCCAUGAUACAUAA